GGAAAAAAUAGUGAUUUUCAAUGCAUAGUGUUUUGUUGUAAGUAAAGUUCCAUUUUCUCUUUAAAUAAAGUGUGAAAUUGCACAAAAAAGUGUGCACUUCAUCGAAAAUGAAGAAAAUCACUGAACAAAAGCUGCAGGCAUUUACCGUCGGAACGAUGGGUAAGCGUCAGCUCAGUCGGAAGGAAUUGGAGGAGCAGAAAAAACGAGAGGACGAAGCGGCAGCCGCACACGCGUUCAAAGAGUUUGUUGAAACAUUUCAAGAAGCUCCCUCCAAGAUUUCCAAGGUGUGGGUGAAAGCUGGAACAUACGACGCUGGUUCCAGAAAGGAAGAUGUUCGCGAUAAAGGUAAACUGUAUAAACCAUCGUCUAAGCUGGACGUCGAACAGGAGCGCGCUAACGAGUAUGUUAAAAUGUUGGCCAGUGAAAGCAAGAAGGAUCAACUGUUGGCAAAAAAGAAAUCUCAGGAAAAGAAGAAAAGUAAUCUAGAACUGUUCAAAGAGGAACUAAGACAGAUCCAGGAGGAGCGUGAGGAGCGACACAAAUAUAAGCACAUGGCCAAAUCGAUGCUACCAACGACGGUGGAUCAAGAACCUGUCUACAACGAAAAGGAGUCCGGUUCGUUUGACAAUGGUGAUCCGAACACGACUAACCUAUACCUAGGCAACCUAAAUCCAAAGAUAUCGGAACAAGCACUGAUGGAACUGUUUGGUAAGUACGGUCCAUUGGCGAGUAUCAAGAUUAUGUGGCCUCGGUCAGAGGAGGAGCGUGCCCGAGGUAGGAACUGUGGUUUCGUAGCGUACAUGAGCCGCCGUGACGCUGAACGAGCGUUGCGAGCUUUAAACGGGAAAGAUGUAAUGAAUUACGAGAUGAAACUUGGUUGGGGUAAAUCGGUUCCCAUCAUGACACAUCCCAUCUACAUUCCACCAAAACUGGUAAUCUACACGCUGCCACCUCCGCCGUCGGGACUUCCGUUCAAUGCUCAACCUCAUCCUUCUGAUUCGGAAAAUAUUCCGAUGAUGACCUCUAAGAUGUACAUGAGUGAUUCGGAUCUUAAGACGCAGAUGGACGGUGUGUUGUACAAGUCGAUCGUAAAGGUAGUGAUCCCGUCCGAGCGUCCCAUGCUUAUGUUGAUCCAUCGUAUGGUUGAGUUCGUCAUUCGGGAGGGCCCGAUGUUUGAAGCUUUGAUAAUGACUCGCGAAAUGGACAAUUCGAUGUACAAGUUCCUGUUCGAGAAUGAAAGUCCAGCGCACAUCUAUUAUCGGUGGAAGCUGUUUUCGUUGCUACAAGGUGACACUGCAUGCGAGUGGCGUACGAAAGAGUUCCGCAUGUUUAAAGGUGGUUCAAUUUGGAAGCCACCACCGAUCAACUUCUAUACUCAGGGAAUGCCCGACGAGCUGCUGGUCGAUGAAGAGGGAAUCGACGGGAAUAAAGGCAACCUUUCCGUAGCUCAACGCGACCGUCUCGAAGAUUUGAUUCGACAUCUAACUCCGGAACGACAGAAGAUUGCCGAUGCUAUGAUUUUCUGUAUUGAGCAUGCGGACGCAGCCGAGGAGAUUUGUGAGUGCAUUGCGGAAUCGUUGGCCAAUAACGAAACACUGGUGAAGAAAAAAGUAGCACGCAUUUAUCUGAUAUCGGAUAUUUUACAUAACUGCAGCGUGAAAGUGCAGAAUGCAAGUUUUUUCCGAAAAGCAUUGGAGAAAAAUCUAAUGGAUAUUUUUAAAAGUCUCAACAACUAUCACAUGCAGCUGGAGAGUCGUUUAAAAGCAGAAGGGUUUAAAACUCGUGUCAUGAAUGUCUUUAAGGCAUGGGAAGAAUGGGCCGUAUAUCCGAAGGAUUUUCUCACCAAACUGCAACAUACGUUUUUAGGAAUUCAAAUCGUUGAAAAGAAAGAAGAGGAAGAAGUCGAAGAUGAAAAUGAAGACGAGGACCUCGAUGGAAUACCGUUGGAUGGUGCAGCACUGCUGAAAAGUGCCAUGCUGAAGGGCAUAACCGAGGCGGAUGCACGAACACCGGUGCUAAAGCAUGAUAUCUACAGCGAUGAAGAUGACAUAGAUGGGAUGCCGCUGGACGAAGACAUAGACGGCAUUCCUCUGGAAGCUCCUGCAGUGGGUAACGAUUUCGAAGGUGAAAAUAGUAAGGGGAAAGCAGGUGGCUCGUUCAUUCCAUCCAAGUGGGAAACGGUAGACGCGUCACAGAUCGAAGCUCAAGCAAUUACGACCAGUAAAUGGGAAACGCUUGAACCAAUCGCCCCAGAGCCGCCGUCCAUUUCUUUGCGAGAUGGCUCCGACGAUGAGCAAGGAAACAGUAAGAACGAUCAGGAUGAGGCUCGUCGGUUGCGUCUGCGUGAAAUUGAAGUUAAAAUCGUUCAGUACCAGGAUGAGUUUGAGUCGGGAGCACGGCAGGUACGCGUGGGUUGGACAUUGGCCGAGGAAAUUGCCCAUUAUAGACGGAAGCUGAUUAAGAAAACAGAUAAAGAGCUCCGUCAACAGCACUAUCAGCUUCAACAGCAACAACAACAGCAGCAACUGCAGCCCGAGUCGCAGGAGGAUACGGACGACGAUACCGACGAGUACGAAGACCGAAGUUCAUAUUCGAAGAAAGGAUCCAAACGAAGCCCAAGUCUUGAAGUGUCUCGAAAACGCAAAAAGGCUCGUCGUUCGCCUUCGCCUGAGUAUGCGCGAGAAGUCAGCUCUAAGUCUUCUCGUCGAUCCCGAUCGCCGCUUUAUCCCACCAGCAGCGGUCGCAGCAAACGGGAAUCCGUAUCGCCGGCUCGUACCAGUAAAACAUCUCGACAUCGGACAUCACGUAGCGCUUCUCGUUCCCCUGUUAGACGACAUCACACUGAACGUUCCUUAUCGCCAGCCACCCGCAGUAAAUACGAUCUUCUGGAGUCACCCGCCCGCGUUUCUGGUUCUAGUGCUACCAAGUACGAUAAAUAUGAAACUGCGGCUUCUUCGAAGUAUGACAAAUACGAAUCCUCGAAGUAUGACUCACGGCUAUACGAUGAACGAUCUACCAGCAAGUAUGAGAAGUACGAGAAAUAUGAAAGCUCCGGUAAGCACGAUCGGGAAAGAGAGCGUGAACGGGAAAGAGAAAAAGAUCGCGACCGUGAUCGAGAUCGCGAACGUGAGCUACGGGAUCGGGAAAGAGAUCGUGAGUUGCGAGAUAGGGAGCGCGAUAGGGAACGUUUGUAUGCUGGCAGCAGUAGCAAGUAUGAGGUCGUCAGCUCAAAGUACGACGAAGCGGACAGUCGAAGAUAUCGGUCUCCGUCACCUACAAGAUCAAGCCGAGAAGCUUAUCGUUACGCUACCAGUUCCCGAUCAGAAAAACACAAAAAGCAUAAAUAUUAAAUACCCAUAGCUUUUACUAGGUGCAAAAAGUAAGUACAUUGACCUUUUAAUGAUAACUCAGAGAGAUUGGCUACGAAGGCCGAAGGUCCCGACCACUGAACGUAAACCGUCGAUGCUGUGCUGUAUACGUACAAUCCCAGAGAGAAGAUUGCUAAAAUGUUUGCAUUUUAAACCUAAAAUCUUCAGAUUAUGAUGACACAUAACAAACCAAUGUGCAUGCUAAUGUUGCCGAGAUGAAUAAAGAUU